AUGUCACCUCUUCAGUACAACCACUGGGUUAUUAUUGACGAGUCGUCCUCAAUUGCAACUAAUCAAAGAAGCAAUCUUCCUCAACCUCCAUUGCCAAUUAUCAGGGUUCCAUUUCCGCCAAAUGUAAACCCAGAAGAAUUAAUAUUGAAGCCAAGGAAAGCAAAAUCUAAAUUACCAACAAAACCUCCUAAUGCAUUUAUGAUUUAUCGAAUGCAAUAUGUGAAAGAGUUACACGCAAAAGAUUAUCGAUUACCUAUGAGAAGCGUAUCGGCUUCAGUUGCUUCGGCUUGGAGAGAAGAACCCGAUCAUGUCGUAGAGUAUUAUGAAGAUAUUGCUAGAGAAGCGAGUAAAAUUUAUAAUCAAAAAUAUCCAAAACCUACUCUCCAGCCAAGACUUUCUGUUGAAAAGCAUGGUCAAAAAAGACGAAAUGGGUUGACCAAUGCAACUUCACCGCCACUAGGACAUUUAAAUGAUCACGCAUUAAAUCAUAACGAUAAUACACGUCAAAAUCAUUAUCGUUAUUUCGAUUAUAAUCGUCCUUUAAAUACCGGAACUACGACAUUAGAAAAUCAUUCGCUCGCCUCUUAUCAUAAUCAUAACAUGCAUUCUCCUCCUCCUUUAGCUAUUCCUUCUUUAAUGACGGAUUACAACAAUUCUGGAAUUUUAGGAAGGACUCAAAUGCGUUCUCCAAGAACUUUAUCAGCCCCUUAUUCCUCGACAAAUUCAACGAAUAGUUUAUUAUCCGCUAACCUUCAUAUCCAAUUGCCUCACGUCAAUUCUUUGUCUAAUGCUCCAUUACAGAAUUACAUGGAAGAAAGUUCGACUUCUCCCACCGGAUGGGAUUUCGCAAAUACUCAUAAUUGA